GCCCCCCUUUGUCCCGCUGGAAUGGGAAGUGGCCGCGGGCCCCUUCCAUUCCCUCCCCCAACCCGGCCACCUCCAGUCGCUGACCCUCAUUACUGUGCUCCCCUCAGAGCUGGAGAGAUGGGACCCCCCUACAGUUGGCCCAAGGGGCAGAGCUGGGCAUCCCUCAAGCCCUGCUGCGCUCGGGCACGGGGGUGGGGUCUGGGGAAGCCAGCAGGCCCUCCCUCGCCUCCUCUGCCAGUGCCUUACAUCCUGGAGCGACACCCCCUCCCUGGUGCCUCCCAGCCCAAAGGGGGGCCACGGUUUGCACUUUCAUCUUCCCCCGCCGAAGUGGGGCACAGCCGGGCAGGUGCAUCACAGCUGGGCCCCCACAAGGAAAGAAGGCCGGGCAACUGCAGUCCGUACAAGCCUGGAUGGGGUUGGAGGGUUCUGGCUGGGGGAGGGUGGGGUCAGCGCCUGGGGGGGGGGGUCCCCUGUCGCCAUGUGGGGGAUCUCCCAUCUGCUAAACGUUUUCCGUUGAGCCGCUCCAAAAACACUAAGCUGGGGACACCGGGUGCCCCCCAACCCCGGCUCCCUGGCCCCAUCCCCACCCCCACCCCAGGAUGGCCAUCUUGGGUGGGGGGCCUGGGAGGGGGGAUCCCCUCCCAUCCCAUCCAUCUGAGUCCCAGCCGGCCUUCUCCAUGCCUGGCCCUGGGGAAGACCUUCCCCACCAAGAGCCCCCACCCCCUGGCCAAAGCCAUCACCCUGGGCUGGGCCUCCGCCUCAUCUGCUCCCAAACCUGGCCCUCCUGGCCCUCUCCUGGUACCCCAGGCCUGGCCAGCCUCCUCCCACCUCCCCAGAAACUGGACUUUCCUCCCAAACCAUCCCAAGGGGCUUGGCAAACUCAACCAUAAGAGAAAGACCCUUCCCCACCAACCCCCCUCCCAUUGUCCAGAGGCAUUCAAAAACCCUUGGUCCGUCCGUCUGUCCCCAGGGCCCCCUCCACUGGGUGGCUGUUGGGGACCAAAGCAUGGGCCGCUCUCCGGGAGGGCAGGAGGGGGUGGGUCGUGCAGUUGGGGUAUCCGGAAGCUUCUCAGCCGGGAACCUUAGGGUGCGGGCAGGCGGGGUAGGGGAGGGGCACCUGGCGGCCCCCAGCUACCUAACUUUGCAUGGUGCUUAGUCGGGGAUUCCUGUGACCUGGCUCCUGAUGUCAGCUCGCCGCAGCUGAUACUGCAUGGCAAAUUAUACCUGGCUCUAUCUCCCUCCCCCAGCCCUCCCCCAGCCCUCUGACACUACCCGCUCCUCUUUAAAAAAAAAAAAAAAAAAAAAAAAAAAAGAAAAAAAAAAAAACCUUAAAAAAACUCCAUGUUUCCUAAUUUGCACGAAAUUUUCUACCACAUGAUGUGCCUUGCCUUCCGAAAAUAAGUAUUACCUUUAAACAAUAUCAGCGCACACAGCUGCAUGCACUGCUCGUGUAGUUAAAAAAAAAAAAACAAAAAGACAAAACAAUGACAUGAAAUAAAAAAUAAAAAUUGAAGAGGGAUGUAUUUCUAUUUGUAAAAAAAUAAAAAAUAAAAAAAUAAGAAUUAAAAAAAAAAAGGAAAAUCCCGUGCUUAGAAAAGCAAUCCACAGAACAAUCGCCCCAUGGUCUGCCCCCCACCCCCAGCUCUGUCUCCACAGCUCUGCUGCAGUGGGGGUGCGCCCUGGUGCUCUGCCAUCCCCAGCCCCACCCCUGGGCUCCAGAGGAGUCCCUUCCGAGGCCCCCGCCCACAGCAGGGGACAGACCUCAGGGGUGAGCCCUGGCCCCAUGGGGUGGCCAUCCUGCCUCCAGCCAGACUCCCCCAUGCCACCUUUCCUGCAGGCUGACGUCCCCCUGGCUCAGGGUCACAUUGCCGCCCCCCAGGCUCCCCUCCUUUCCCCAGGCCCCCCUUCCUUCUUGCCAAAGGACUCGCCGGGCACCCCCCCCUCCUUGGAGACCCGCCUGGGGCGGCGCUCCCCUCCUGCCCCCAGCACCCACUUCUGUCUUCCAGCUGUGACUGGGGGGGGUUAUCUGGGAUGAAACAGCAAACAGAAGCCAAACCCAAUAUAUGCAAUAUCUGUCUGUCUGUCCCUAUAGACCUAGCUCAGCCACCGCAGGCCCAGCCAGGGGCCCGCAGGCGCGGGGUUUGGCCCCUGGGCAGGGGCCUCCGUCCGGUGGCUGCUCCCAAACUGUUGUCUUGUCCUCGAUUUCACGCUCGUCCUCUUAACCUUUUGCUUCCUUUCUGUUUUUUCCUUUCUUUGUUGUUGGGUUUGUUGUUUUUUUUUUUUCUCUCUUCCAAUUUCCUUUGCUUUUUACUCGACCAAAGCUGAGACAGUAGCAGCCGGUUAGUGGGGUGUCCGAGGGCUGGGUCCAUCCAGCUCCUGCUCCCCACGCAUCUCCUGUGGCGGGCAGAUGGUCGCCCCCCAGAGCAGGGAGGGGCCCCGCGGGCAGCCUGGCUUCCAUCCACCAGCACACAUUCCCAUGUCUUCUUUUGAAAAAGAGGUCUCCGCAAGCCCCGGGGGGCAGAUCCCGCUCUCAGCGCCCGCCCCUAAGAACUGUCCUUUGGUCCGAGAGCUCAAGGUCCUGCAUGUCAUGUUUCAUGCGGCAGGUUUCUGGGUUUUAUUCUCUUCCCCCCAGAAUUGGGGAGCAGACACCCAGGGAGGGGGGAGCAUCCCGCCCGGGACCCCUCCCCAAGGACUUCGUGGGGACCACGUUGUCCCUCCGCAGCCCACCCCCAGCUGUGUGCCCCGCUGAGUAGGUGGUGCCGCCCUGGGCCUGUGUGCCCCCCCCGCCCCCCAGGAAAGGCUGCAGGCAGAAUAAGGCGGAAACACCAGGACCCAGACCCCUUUCCCCCUUCCCCAGCUCCGCAGUUCGGGUUGGUGCUCCAGGCACGGGGCAGGGCGCACAGGGCGCUGUGUUGUUUCUUACAUGUGUGAGACUAACAUGUUCUCAAACCCCAUCCCCUCCCACGCCUGCUGCCCCCCACCACCCACGGGAGGCCCCCCACCCACCUGACCCUGGGGUCCAGCUCUGCUGCGGAACAGAACAGAGAGGCCUCCCAGAUAUAUGCAAGUUGUCCUCACGCCUCUCUGGGAUGAGAGCAUGCGAUCCUGACCAGAGUGGAAAAGGAGGUGUGGAGGGGCGGGAAGACCCGGCCCUGUCUGACUGAGGAGAAGGGGGUCAGGGGGCCCCCAGGCCUGGGUCCGCCACCCGGGCUCCUGCCGAGUUCUGAACCCAGACCCCGGCCCCCCACCCUGAGCUAGACAAUCAGACCCAAGAGGAACCCCGAAGGAGACGUGCGGGGCUGUCUGCACCCCCCAGGCAGCAGACAAUUCCAGCCUCAGCCCCACACACCCUCGUCUCUGCUCUGGAACCCUCUAUCUGUCCCCGGGGCCGGCAGCCAGUUAGGCGGGAGCCUGGCGCUAGGAGCAGCUCCGCGCUCCGCGAUGUCGCUCGCGGGCCCUCUCCCCCCUCCGGCUUCUCCCGCGGUACUUUGAGCUCCAGUGCAGGGCUAUACUAUACACACACACACAUAUGUAUAAAUAUAUAUAAUUUUGGAGUUUUUUCUCAUAAUACAGGUUAUACAGGGGCUACUUUUUGUUUUGACCCGGAUUCCCUGAGACCCUGGUUUCUACUUUUCUUUGCGGAGGGUGUUGGUAGAGAGGUCCCAGAGAUCCGUCCUCACAUCCAGCUUCCUCCGCACGCCCCCAUAUUUCCCCGUUUCUGCCCCUCUGGGCACGUGAGAGUCCCACCUCUGAACUGACCCGGCCUCCCCCGUCGGGCUGUCCCCGCGCUGGCACCCCCCCACCCCCCGCAUCCCCCAGGCGAGGCAGGGAGCCAGACCCAAAGCCGUACCAGUGGGACUUGUUGCCAGCGAUACCAAAACAAGACUUUUCCCAAGCAGUGCCUCACUUGUCUGCUGGUGUGGCUUUGGGGUUCUCCUCCCCUGUUCCCCAGGGCCCCCCUCCCAGGCCUCAGGAAGGAGGAGGUGGGAUCCAACAGGAGUCAGGGCCAGACAGGAAGGAAGUCACGCACCCCCGAGCUACUGCCCUCCCCACAGCCCUCCAUUCACACCUCCUGGCUAGAAGGGGACCCCCGGGAAGGGGACGGGAGCUGUCCCAGCCCCCUCCCGUGGGAACCCCCAAAAUCUACUCCCCAAAUGCAUCAACGCCCCAUCCUCCCAUCUUGGGUCCCAGCCAGGCCUCCAAAACCAAAGUCCCUUCAGAUUCGGGGGUCUUGGCCUCUGCCCCCAGCUUCCUGCCCUCCCACCCCCCAGGACCCCACAGGGGGGAAGACGAGAGAGUCUGAGGGACAGAGCGCACAGCGCAGGGGGAAGGACAGAGACCCACCUGACUGAGUUUCCUUUCUCUUUCCUUUUCUUUCCUUCCUUCCUUCCUUUCGCUCUUUGAAAAACUUUUUGGUGGUGUUGCUCUUCGUUUUCAUUCUUUUCCCUCCAAGAUAUUUUUUGAGGUUCCCCCCCAUUUUGUAUUUUACUGAUAUUACCAGGAUAGUUUACUCUGUCUCUCGCUUCCUGCUUGCCACACACACCGGAUCACACACACACACACACACACACACACACACACACACACACACACACACACACACACACACACACACACACACACACCCCAUGCUCGUGAACCCAGGUCAGGAGAAGGUCCGAGCUGGGUCUGCUGCCCACCGCCCCCUUCCCUCCGGGCCGGGGGCUGGGGGGACGCCUGGCAGACCAGCCGGACCCCUCCCUUGCCCGGCUCGCCCGCCUGCCCCCCUCACAGCAUACUCUGGUCAUAACCUUGUAUAUUACGCAGUCAUUUCGGUUUUUGCAGACGCGCCUACCUAAGUACCAUUUACAGAAAGUGACUCUGGCUGUUACUAUUUUGUUUGUUUGUUUCCCUAUGCAAAAAAAAAAAAAAGAAACAAGGGGGGGUUCCAUAAAAGAUUCAAUAAAAAGCAAAAAAAAAAAAAAGACAAAAGAAGGAAGAAAAAAUGUAUAAAAUAAACAAGCUAUGCUUCGACUCUCA